AUGGGUUAAGCAAAUUGUGCAUGUGUAAAGACAGUUAAUUUUGACCAUAAUCAAAUCGAAAGUGAUAAGAAAUUAAAAGUGAGUAGAAAAGCAAAUUCUAUGGAAGAUGAAGAGUUAAAAUUAUUAAGAUGCAUAAUAAAAAUAUAAGCAUUAUUGAGAGGAUGGAUAAUAAGAAAGAAAUAUCAUUAUGUUUAAAUUUAAUUAUACAAUUCUAAAGUGAACAAUAUUUUAAAAUAGUUUACUUUAACUCAUUUAUCAAAAUUUAGCAAAGUAUAAUAUAGUAAAAGCAAUUAAUAAAUAGAUGGCACCAUUUCCUUUUUCAGAAUAUAGAUAUUUAGAUAAUGAAAGUGAGACAUAUGAAAAUAGAU